GGAGGCUGUUACAAGACCAGGGGACCAGCAACCUCUGGAGCCAGCCCGGAAUCCUGAGACUUUUCCCUGGAAUUCCCACCUCAUUUCCCUCCACUCAGAACCAUCCCCAAGUCAGAAGAGAAACUUCUAGAGGGAUCUCGGCUCUUCAGCUUGCCAGCUGGCUUCCCGCUCCUCUGUGGGAAGGACCAGUAGAAGGAUGCAUCAGGACGGAAUCAGCAGUGUGAAUCAGCUGGGGGGACUCUUCGUGAAUGGCCGGCCCCUUCCUCUGGACACCCGGCAGCGGAUUGUGCAGCUAGCGAUCAGUGGGAUGCGGCCCUGUGACAUCUCGAGGAGGCUUAAGGUAUCUAAUGGCUGUGUGAGCAAGAUCCUAGGACGGUACUACCGCACAGGUGUCCUGGAACCCAAGGGUAUUGGGGGAAGCAAGCCUCGUCUGGCCACGCCUGCUGUGGUGGCUCGGAUUGCCCAGCUAAAGGAUGAGUGUCCAGCACUCUUUGCCUGGGAGAUCCAACACCAGCUUUGUGCUGAGGGGAUUUGUACCCAGGACAAGACUCCCAGUGUGUCCUCCAUCAAUCGAGUCCUCCGGGCGCUCCAGGUAGACCAGCGGUUGCAUUGGACACAACUCAGAUCACCAGCUCUUUUGGCUCCAGCUCUUUCCAGUUCCCGCAGCAGCUGUGAGGUACCCCGAGGGGCCUCCCCAGGGACCAGUCACAGGAAUCGGACUAUCUUCUCCCCAGGCCAGAUGGAGGUGCUGGAGAAAGAGUUCCAGCGUGGGCAGUAUCCAGACUCAGUGGCCCGUGGAAAGCUGGCUGCUGCCACCUCUUUGCCUGAGGACACAGUGAGGGUCUGGUUUGCCAACAGAAGAGCCAAAUGGCGCCGGCAAGAGAAGCUCAAGUGGGAAAGACAGCUUCCAGAUAAUUCCUGUACCUCUCAGGAUCCCACUGCACCAACAGUUUCCUCAGGGGUCUUCGAUGCACAGGAGCCCCCAGGCAGUGGACCCUCAGCAGCCCUGGCUGUGCUGGAGCCGCUGAGUCCCAUCUGUCAGCUGUGCUGGGGGACAGUACCAGACAAGUGUCCCAGUGACACACCGCCCCAAGCCUGUCUCCAGUCCUGCUGGGAUCGCCACACCCUCCUUCCCGUGGCUUCCUCCUCACACCUGGAAUUUUCCUGGCCCUGCCUCACCACCCGUCCUGUUCGUUAUCUAAUUGGAGACCCAGGAAAAGCGACAUCAACCCAUUACUUACACUGGCCACAAGAGACCAUUUGGCAGUAA